CAAAACAUGACCAUAACUAUGAAAAAAUGAAUUUACGAAUUUCGUAGUCAUCCGUACUUCAAUCGUUUAAUUCUACUCGCAGUAAUAAGAAUUCGAUACAGCCCGACUCCUCCCCAGCCCCUUUUCAGCCCAUGUGAAUAAAACCACUUAAAAUAUUGAUAUUUUUAAUUUCAACCGCGCCAACACUCUGCUCCCCGGCCCUGUUCCGCCACUGGUUUCCCGUCGCGUCGCGACGAUCCGCGUCUGUCGAUGCGGCGUAAGGGCGUAAAAAUAUCCGAGUCCCUCCCUGGCCAAGGCUGCGAUUCGUCCGUUGCGCUCAGCCGAUCGUCUCGUCAUCGAGUCAAAAUUGAAGGAGCAAUUUACAAUUUCUGUAGUCGCUGUCCGCACGUUUAUUCGGUGUCUGUCUGGUCUGUUCGUUGUGAACCACUUACGUUAAACCAGUGCUGAUUUUCAUACGGUUUCGUUUUCGACAGUGGCUAUAGCUGAUCGGGUUCGAGUCAGUGAUAAAGGGUGUGAUAACUUGCAGCUAUGAACACAAACUACCUCGAAAAUAUCAGCAAUAGUUUAGACGGGAAUAGGUAAGACGUCCAAUUCUUAUUUGUUUAUAUUAGUCUAGAAACUGCACAUGUUUCUUAAUCAAUCGCGUACAAGUGAAAGUUACCGCGAUUUUUUCGAUACUGUGCAAAGAUCGGCAACACACAUGACAUAAAGUUAGGACCAGCAUUCGACGCAUCGCGUUGAAUGAGGAUGCAGAGUUCUCCCAGCAAAGCAUUCUAACAGUGAUGGAGCGUUUCGUGAAAUCGGUGAACAAAAUGGACGAGACCAUCCUGGUGCCGUGCCGUCUGAUGGAUCAAAAGGUCGGAGAUGAACAUGACCCAGCACAGAAGACACAGAACACAAAGUGCAAACAUCCCAUGGUGCUUCCCACGUUUCAUUCGUCGGAUUUGUUCCAUAUCUACAACAUGCUCAACAGUGCCAAGGACAACUUGCUAUGGGGACAGAUCGAGGACACACCGAAACCUGCACCUAAAACUACUGCAACUACAGAAUCCACUCAGGUUAAAGGUCAUAUCCGCAGACCGUCAUCGAUAAGCGUAGCAUCGAACUCUUCAACUUCAACUCUGAGUGACGGCGACUCCACAGACUCAGAGUCCGGCAGCAAUGAUUCUGGCAUUGAAGAACCGUCAGUGAAGGAAGAUAAGGUCCAGCAAAUCGCUCAGGACUUCCGCAAACAUCUGCACGACCUAACUUCCUCUCUCACGCAGAUGACCGAGGCCGCACACUACCUGACAUGGCGCUAUCAGUACGACAUCGGUGGGCCUGUCUAGGGUACCACUUUAUCUCUAGAAAUCGCUCUAGGUCAAUAGGCUGUCUGACUUCCAUCUCCUACCAGGUAGCGGCUAGCGCACUGUUACGGAAUUGACAAAAUUUGCUUGACAGAACAGAAUCUCUUGUCCCAGGACACAAAGUAUUCGAGUCCUAUGCGUUUGCUGGGAUUUCCAUUGCUUACUGUUACUUUUGUUGGUGGUUAUAUUUAAUAUAAAACGCUCUCCAAAAAUUAUCUCGCCUAAAUGUCUGUUUGAAAAAUCGUAAUCGAACUGGGAGUUUUUUAAUGGUUAUAUUGAAGAACUCUAUUCACUGAACAUUAACCACUCUGUAUUAAAAAAACGGUAAAUUUCCAGGCUCCUUUUUUUUAUACAUUUUUGUUCGUAUAUUCCCGUACCGGAUCUACUCUUAAAUUUUCCUUACAAAAUUCUGUAGCACCUAAUACAAAUCAUGUGUCAAAUUGUUGAUUUAGCUUUCAACUUUACCCAGCGAUUUUUGUCAAUUCCGUAAUACUUUCAUAAGCUCUAAUCUCGACUUCAUCAAUUUUUCACGCAGAAUUUAAAAGAUCCACGAUGUGAGUGGAAAAAAUUGAACUGUAAUAAAAUUCACAGAUAUAUCUCGAGAUUGGAACUGCCAAAGUUCGAAAAGGGUUAUUUCAUUUGCCUUAAGUGUAGAUUUGUGUAAAACGCUAUCAAAAUUAGUUCAUUAAUAAUUCUGCUAACACAGAAAAUGAACCAAGCGCUAAUGCAUCUUUUCGGAAUUUUUAGGUCAAUAAAUUCAAUUACUGAAUCAUUCCAGAGCCUACUGGUACUAAAACUCAAUCAUGGGAUGUAUAAAAAUAUGCGGUUCAAAAUUCUUGUGUUGGUUGAUGCCCUGAAGCCGGCUCUGUUCAUAGCAGGAUUUGUCUAAGAAGACUAGAAACUGGAGGGUGACCUCAUAGAAUGAGGGUGAAGCCAAAAGUGGCUAUCUGGCUAUCUACUACAGCUAAACGUAUUUUAGGUUACUUGCAAGGAAGCUCUACGUGCACUGCAUUUCCGAGAGCCACGCUCUGUCUGACAGUAUUGGCUCGAUACGAUUGUGUUGCCUUAGACAGCCUGCGCUCCUGUUUCCAGUCUUCUUGGUUUUUUCAAGUCUGCCAGGUAGGCAACCAGAUAUGCAUUUAUUGGCGCUUGGUUCGAAAUUGUAUGCAGUAGAUAUGUGACCAAAGACAAAUUUAAUAUAAAUGAAUGGGUUUAUUUGUACAAAAUCUUUAUAAAACACUGAAAAUACGCGUAAGAGCUGUUAAAUACUAUAGAUGUUAGAAUCUUAACACUUGUAAUAUUGAUUAAACAUUUUGUACUUUUAAUGAUUGGAUCGUUGAAAUUGUUGAUGUUGACAAAUUAAUAUUUCAGUAUUAAUGUUUUACAUAAAUUAGGAUUUCUAACACAAAAAAGGAUGGAUUCCUAUGCUGUGAUAAUGUAAGGUAUACUUUGGUAUCCGAAGUGUUGAUAACAUUUUGGUGCUUACUCACUUAAUGCCUUUACUAUUUUCAGCACUGUACUUGGAACAGGUCGUAUCCACACCAUAUACUCGAUUAUUUUUAUUGUUGAUAUAAUAAUUUUGUAAUACUGAUAUCAUCGUGGGGAUGCAACCUGUUGAGACAAAGGUUAAACUUAUAUUUACAUGAAUCUACCUGAAACAUUCCCUUUUUAACAACCUCUUGAGUGAUAUAGCCCACUAUAUUGCUGGGUGGUUAAGGAAGUAUAAACUACAAGCCUCUUCAGGUUCUUUGUGGACCUUGGGGCUUCUCUAGGUGAAUUUCUAAUAUGAAUAUCUUUUUAAUAUAUACAGGGUAUUUGUUACCAUCCUGUGCUACAGUCCAUUCGCUUCUUUUGAUGGGUAAAAUAGUUUCACUCGUUUUCCCUUUUAGAUCCCCAUGUGUUUGAGAGAGAGACGCGUGUUAGGAAGCGACGUCACCACGUUGCCUCGCAACAACAGGCGCGGAGCGAGGCUGUGGCUCCUCCGAGGCUUAUUUGUACUCUUCCUAACACGCUUCUCUCUCUGUAGUACACGUGGAAAUCUAAAAGGGAAAAAUACUUUGACCACCAAUGUAAAACGGUUGCUUUGUUAUCCACCGGAAGAAAAACUGCAUUGAUCAAUUUUGUGAUGGAUUUGUAUGUAUUUCAACAGUUCAGCUAUCCAGUAUUCUGAGUUUGCAGUUGUAACUAUUGACAGUAACAUGUCUUCAUAUAUUUUGUUGUAGCAUUAUGACCUUUCAAAUUCUUUUGUUGAAACAUUAUAAUUUUUUAUAUCGCAUAUAAUGAGAAUAAAUAUGUAGCUUCUCAAUAUCUUUUUUCAUAGUGUGAAAUUUAUACAAGGAUUCCAAUGCUACAACCUUCAAACAGAUUUAUCUUGAGUGUAAACUACCAAUUUUUUGAGAAUUGGUUUGAGAUAGAUCUGCUACAUUUCAUGGCAUUAUUUUUCCAGUGGUUUUAGAGAUAUCCUGUAUAGAUUUUAUAUAAGUGAUAAAAAUAUUUAUAUGUCUAGAUUGAUCUAUUUUUGCUCAUAUUUAUAUAUUUAUUUACCUAAAGGUAUUAUUUUUAAUUGUAAAAAUUGUUUU